AUGGAUAACAUCACAUUCACAGCCAAGGACGGCAAGGUAUUGCAGUUGGAGCACGUAUUCAUAAGGGGCAGCUUCGUUCGCUUCGUGAUCAUCCCAGACAUGCUUCGGAAUGCACCCAUGUUCAAACGACUGGAAGCCAAGCUUAAGGGCAAGGGGUCGUCCAACCUGGGAGUGGGCAGGGGCAGAGCCGUGGCAAUGCGAGCUAAAGCUAGGUCUGCAGCAAGGGGAGCGCUGGGAGCAGCACCAGAUGGGGGUGCUCCUAUGGGCAUGAUGGGCCGAGGUGCUCCUCCGCCUCGGCGGUAA